UACUUUCCUUACUGAGAAGUUGGGCAACACUACUAAAGACGGUUGAACCAGCGGAACAAUUUUUCUCUUUCUGUCAUUACAGUAGCCCUACUCAGCGGAAUUAACUUCAGGAAAGCUGUCGAAAAUGCCUUCAAUAAAAGAGUUUAACUUGAGUUACGAUAUAAUUAAUGAACAUGAUACAUUUUCCGAAGGCGACUGUAUAUCUGGAAGAAUUACUUUGGAGUUAAUAAAGGAAACCAAAGUGGAAAGCCUUUUCAUCAAAGUCAAAGGGGACGCAAAUGUCAAUUGGAGUGUUGACAAUGAUGACAACACUUACUCUGCUCACAACAGAUAUUUCAAACUGAAGAAAAUAAUGAUUAAUGAAAAUCCUCAAGGUAGGAGGAAUGGUCUUUACUCAGUUAACUACAGGCCUAACCUAUCCGUAACCCCAACCAUAGUUUGGCCAUGCGCCGCGCAAUAUUUAUCGCGCUCUUUCAGGUGCGUAGCUUGCCCAGCGUGUUGGGUGAGCGGGAUCUGUUGGCUACGUAUCUAAAAUGUAGAGUCACGCAGCUGUUUUUCUAUUUGAACCAGGCGAUUGGUCGAUGUUAGCCAGAUCUCGAUUUUUUUUAAUGGGUUCAUUAUGGUAAAUUACUAAUUGGAUAUUAUGUUGACCCCUGCGAUUUUUGUCAUAGGCAACAUACUCCCCCCUGGUAUCCAUAUCUAUCCAUUUAGCCUCCAAAUUCCUGAAGGGUAAGUGGGAAAGCAAGUCAAAUUCAUACAGAAAAAUUCUAUGCUGUCUUUUAAAUCAACCUCCAUGUACAAGUUAUGCCUGUUGAUUACAUAGAUUCAGCAGCUUAAGGUAUGUGUCACUGUUUUUAUAUUACAGAAGCAUGCCAUCAUCCUUCGAGGGUCCUCAUGGGAAGAUAGUGUACAAACUGGAAGCCAAGCUGGUCAGGGGUUGGCUAAAGACACGCGACUUAGAGAAGGAAAUCACCUUUGUCUCCAAGGCUGACUUGAACCAUAGCCUACUAAUGGUGUGUUAACUCUACUAAUCUAGUCCUUUUGUUAUUCAUCACAUAUAUGUGAAUGUGGAUGGAUGGAUGAUGGUGUUAUUCAUCACAUACUGUAUGUGUGAAAGUGGAUGAAUGGAUGUACAGAUCCCGGUUUGUUUUCCUUGUGUCAUACUAGUAUAGCCAUGGGGCGGCGCACAAUUGGCCCAUCGUCGUCCAGGGUAGGGGAGGGAAUGGCCGGCAGGGAUGUAGCUCAGUUGGUAGAGCAUGGCGUUUGCAACGCUAGGGUUGUGGGUUCAAUUCCCACGGGGGGCCAGUAUGAAAAAUAAAAAAAUAAUGUAUGCACUCACUAACUGUAAGUCGCUCUGGAUAAGAGUGUCUGCUAAAUGACUAAAAUGUAAAUAAUGUAAUCUCAUCCUGCUUUCCAGUCUCCUCAGCAUGGUGUGAAGGACAAGUCAAUGGGUUGUCUUACCUCAGGACAUGUCAUCAUGGAUGUCCACGUUGAAAGGAUGGGUUACAUGCCAGGUAAUGUACAAGUGUUGUUUCAGAGCCCUCUGUGUAACAUAAAGCAUGUUGCCUUUUGGCACCUAUUUUCUGUUGAAUAAAAUUGCCAAUUCAACAGUUUAGUUCACAAUCUCACUGGAUAAGAGCAUAGCAAAUCCACACUACCUCCAAGAAGUGUCCUAAAUAUACAAUCAACUUUCACUUGCAAGGCUUUGUCAAGAUAGAUUAAUAUCUUCAACAUUCAGUAACUCACCUGUGCUGAAGCACUAUUGUGUUGGUCAUUUGGAAUCUCAGAUUGUCUUUAAAGGGGAAGUUCAGGAUUUUACAACUUGAUGUUAGAUUGGUCCCAACCCUGAAAGUCUAUGGGCCAGGAGAAACUGUAAUCCAUGGUUUGGUUUCAUUUUAACAGCCACUACAAAAUUAGCUAGAGGUGGUUAAAGUUAUCUGAAGUUAGUAGUGGGACUGUUUAGAGAAAACCGAACCAUGGAUUAUAGUUUUUCCAGGCCCAUAGACUCCUUUCAGGGUGAAGAACCACCUAAAAUCAAGUUGUAAAAUCCUGAACUUCCCCUUUUAUUUUCUGGGUGGAUUUUCCCACGACAGGUGAGACGGUGAAUAUCUGUGCAAACAUUGAGAACAACUCCUCCCGUGACCUUAAGCCCAAAUUCAGUCUGAAGCAGAAAAUGACUUUCAUGGCUUCUGACUGCACAAAGGUAGAAGAAGAAACAGUCUGCAAAGUGGUCAGGGAGCCUAUCCCAUCCAAAACCCGACAAAGUGUUGCCGGGUCAUUGAAGAUACCCGCUGACCAGGACUUGACCAUCCUGAACUGUAACAUCAUAACAGUAGAGUACAUACUAAAGGUACAUCCAAAAGUCAGGACAAUCACUUCAUAUUCCUGACUAGUAUUAGACAAAAACAUAUUUUGGGAGAUAAAUUCCCAAUAUUUCUCUUUAACAUGCUGUUUGUUUUACAGGUAUACUUGGACGUUCCUCUUGCCAAAGACCCUGAAGUCAAGUUUCCAUUGGUUAUUAUCCCUUCCUGCUUUCGGUCUGACCUAUCACCAGGCAGACCUGUCCUCGGGUUUGAAGAAUUCGGGAAAGCGGGUCCAAGCAACAGUGACUUCCCUUCUGAUACAGCCUUUGGACCAUAUCCUCCUUCCUUUGGUCCAGGGGGAGGCCUAUAUCCGUCUGUCCCGCCAGUGUACCCUGAACCUGCAGCCAUGGGAGGAAGUUAUCACCCUGACCCACAACAACCAUACCCAACUGGCCCAGUUUUUCCUCCACCUACAUUUAAUACAUCAACCCCAACAACGCAUCCACCCCUCUCUUCUCAAGAGAUAGACCAACCCCCAUCAUAUGGUUCCCUCUUCCCUCCAUUUGCACUUGAAACAUCUCACCCUAAUACCCUAUAAAACACUCAUUUUUGACAGAUGUGAGGCCUUUUAAAUUGUGCUGCUAUAAAACUACCUACCUGUUGCAAUAAUCAACAUUGUAGUAGGUUUGUAAUGCCAUUGUUAUGUAACCCAUAGCCUUAACUGAACAGCUAUACUCUCUCAAAGACUUGUCUUUAAAUAAUAAUGUGUCAAUCCAAAUCAUCCAUUAUGUGACUGCGGCAAAUGAGAACAAUAAUCAGUAAAGUUACAUCUAAGAAGCUAUGCAAAAUUGAAGAUGGUUCAGACUCCAGACAUAUAACAUCUAUGGCUUUAAAUGCAAUUGUUGUUGCCAUUGACCAAGUAAAGUGAUUGUUCAGAUUCAGUCUUCAUCACCUGCACUGUUCAAUAAAUACCACACACCUG